GGCGGAAGCGUCUGGACCCUGCGACCCGGGAAGCUUAGGGUUGGUAUUGUGGGAACUUGAGAGGUAGGACUUGCUCUUGGCGUGACUGAUUCUGCCCACUUCUACCUACCUUCUCCUCACCCGCGCCAGGACGUCAUGAAAGAUUCGCUGGUGCUGCUGGGCCGUGUCCCGGCGCACCCGGACUCCCGCUGCUGGUACCUGGCCUGGAACCCGGCGGGGACCCUGCUGGCCUCGUGUGGGGGCGACCGUAGAAUCCGCAUCUGGGGCACAGAGGGUGACAGCUGGAUCUGCAAGUCUGUCCUUUCUGAAGGCCACCAGCGUACUGUCCGGAAGGUAGCCUGGUCUCCCUGUGGGAAUUACCUGGCCUCUGCCAGCUUUGAUGCUACUACUUGCAUUUGGAAAAAGAACCAGGAUGACUUUGAGUGUGUAACUACUCUUGAGGGCCAUGAAAAUGAGGUUAAGUCAGUGGCCUGGGCCCCAUCUGGCAACCUUCUGGCCACUUGCAGCCGAGAUAAAAGUGUAUGGGUCUGGGAAGUUGAUGAAGAGGAUGAAUAUGAAUGUGUCAGUGUCCUCAACUCCCAUACACAAGAUGUCAAGCAUGUCAUUUGGCACCCAAGCCAGGAGCUUUUGGCCUCUGCCAGCUACGACGACACAGUGAAGCUCUACCGGGAGGAAGAGGAUGACUGGGUAUGCUGUGCCACCCUUGAGGGUCAUGAAUCCACCGUGUGGAGCUUGGCCUUUGAUCCCAGUGGUCAGCGCCUGGCGUCUUGCAGUGACGACCGUACCGUGCGCAUCUGGCGCCAGUAUCUACCAGGCAACGAGCAAGGGGUGGCAUGCAGUGGCACUGACCCCAGCUGGAAAUGUAUCUGCACCUUGUCUGGCUUCCACUCCAGGACCAUUUAUGAUGUCGCUUGGUGUCAGCUGACAGGGGCCCUCGCUACUGCUUGUGGGGAUGAUGCCAUCCGAGUGUUUGAGGAGAACCCCAGUUCCGACCCACAGCAGCCCACCUUCUCUCUGACAGCCCAUUUGCCUCAGGCACAUUCCCAGGAUGUCAACUGUGUGGCCUGGAACCCCAAGGAGCCAGGACUCCUGGCUUCCUGCAGUGAUGAUGGAGAGGUGGCCUUCUGGAAGUACCAACGACCUGAAGGGCUCUGAGCCAUUUCUACUUGGGAUGGAAUCGUAGCUCCCCAGAAAAUGGUCCCAAAUUUUUCCAGCUUCUAAGAGGACCUAGAGGAUCAUCUUUAGCUUUGAUUUAACUUAGCUCUCCUCCAUUUGGACUUUGCUAGAAGUGUGGAGUGUAAUAUACAGAUUUUACUCUUUCUUCCUCCUCUGAUACGGGCUCUCACUAAAGAGCUAAAGAUCA